UAUUUUAGUAAGCUGAUCAAUAUAUUCCCAUUACUGCCUGCAAUGCUGGCUGCAGGAAUAUUCAGAUGCACCGAAUAUUUCAGUGCGUGUAUUAUGCAUGUUGUGCUCGUUGCUUGAGUCUCGGAGCUGAAUGACAAAGAUCUCAACAUGACCGGAUGAUCUUUUGCAGAAAGUGACUGCAGUGAGAUGCUUUAUAAUACCAGGCACACAGGGCAGGGCAGGGCUGUAUGGGACAGCCUGUUUAAGAAGAUAUAAAUCCUUGAGCUUACAGUGCACAGAAUGCUUGAUUUGAAAGUGUUGCAGCCAUCAAGAAAGCCAGUUUCCAGGCUGUCUAGUCUGUUUUCUCCAGAAGGUUGGCGGAGAGAGAACGGCUGUGCUUUGCUCUGAGGUCACAGCUUGAAAUCUCCUCUCUCUCUCUUUCUCUCUCGCUUUUUUAAUUUGCUUUCUGCCGCAGGAGAGGAUCUUUGAAGUUUAUUGGUGCAACCCUGUUUGUAUGUGUGUUUCAUAACGUAAACUUGACAUACUUAGUAUGGACAAAAAGACAAAAGGGAACUCUUCAUCUAAGACUCGGAGCAUGAGGAGCCCCAGUGACAAAACGUCUCAGACCCAGUGACAAAGCAUUUGCAAACAAGCGAGUUAAGCAACUGGGCAAGGAGAAACUAUUUUCAAUUAUCUGAAGUUCAGUGUGGCAAGACAGAAAUCCUUGUGAAUUAAUAUCCUUGUGAAGAUGAAGCUGCAGUCUUUAACCAGUCAUUUUGUUACAACCUGUUUCAUUUUCUGCCUGGCAGGCCUGAGGUGCUCAAGUGCUGCAGGAGGUUCUGUACGGGAUAUGAUCCAUGGGGUGACAGUCCAUGUGCGAGAUGAACUAAAAGGUUAUGGGCCAAUUUUUGAAGAACAGCCCAUUGAUACAGUCUAUCCAGAAGAAUCUCCAGAUGGAAGAGUUUCAAUGAACUGCAGGGCUAGAGGAAUCCCUACUCCCACUUACAAGUGGCAACGUAACAACUGGGAUGUUGAUAUUAAAAUGUCAAAGGAACACCACAGUAUGGUAGGAGGUAACCUGGAAAUCAAUAAUCCUGAGAAAUCAAGGGAUGAAGGAACCUAUGUUUGCAUAGCAUACAAUAUACAUGGAACUAUAAGGAGCCGGGAAGCAACUUUAAACUUUGGAUAUUUAUAUCCUUUUACACCCGAAGAAAGAUAUGCAGUAAAAGUACGGGAAGGCGUGGGUGCUGUCCUUCUCUGUGACCCUCCACCUCAUUAUCCAGAUGAUCUGAGUUACCGCUGGGUUUUGAAUGAUUUCCCAGAAUUCAUCACUUUGGAUAAACGGCGAUAUGUGUCACAAACAAAUGGCAAUCUCUACAUUGCCAAAGUUGAAGCAUCAGAUAAAGGCAACUAUUCUUGCUUUGUGACCAGUAACUCAAUCACUAAGAGUGUAUUCAGCAGUUUCAUUCCACUCAUUCCCCAAUCAGAUCGUUCAAAAGGCUAUCUACCAGAUAUCAGAGUGAAGUUCAAGGACACAUACGCACUUUUAGGACAAAAUGUGACACUGGAGUGCUUUGCACUUGGAAAUCCUGUUCCUGAGAUAAGAUGGAGUAAAUAUCUGGAACCUAUGCCAAUCAAUGCAGAUAUAAGUAUGUCAGGUGCCGUCCUCAAGAUCUUCAACAUUCAGUUUGAAGAUGAAGGAACAUAUGAAUGUGAAGCUGAAAAUCAUAGAGGAAAAGAUAAAUAUUCAGCAAAAGUUUAUGUUCAAGCAUAUCCAGAAUGGGUGGAGCACAUUAAUGAGACAGAGAGAGAUGUAGGAAGUGAAUUCCAUUGGCCAUGUGUAGCUGCAGGCAAGCCUCUUCCAACAAUUCGAUGGCUGAAAAAUGGAUUACCGUACUGGAAAGGAGAUUUGAGAUUUUCUAUGCUAAAGCUUGAAGAUACUGGCAUGUAUCAAUGUGUAGCUGAAAAUAUACAUGGAAUGAUUUAUUCAAAUGCUGAGCUGAAAGUUAUCGUUUUAGCUCCAACCUUUGAAUUCUACCCAAUGAGGAAAGAAGUCUUGGCUGCUAAAGGAGGUCAAGCUAUAAUUGAGUGCAAGCCUAGAGCAGCUCCUAGGCCAAAACUCACAUGGAGCAGAGGGACAGAAAUUCUUAGAAACUCAACCCGGAUACGUAUUUGGUAUGAUGGAAGUCUGGAAAUUAUUAAUGUCACAGUAGCAGAUGCAGGCAACUAUACGUGUUUUGUGGAAAAUAACAAAGGAAAAGCUAACAGCUCUACAACUCUUUUAACCACAGCUCCGACGAGGAUUGUUUUAGCACCAACUAAUAUUGAUGUCACUGUUGGACAGAAUGCUACCAUGCAGUGCCUGGCAUCCCAUGAUCCUUCUUUGGACCUGACCUUUAUUUGGCUUCUCAAUGGAUAUCCAAUAGAUGUUGAUAAAGAGAGUGAUUAUUAUGAAAGGUCCAUCAUGAUAAAGGCCAAUGGUGAACUUAUUGUCAAAAAUGCCCAGCUGCGGCAUGCUGGAAGAUACACAUGUGUAGCUCAGUCAAUUGUUGAUAAUGCCACCGCUUCAGCCGAUCUUGUUGUGAGAGGUCCUCCAGGCCCGCCAGGAGGACUCAAAGUAGAAGAAAUUAAAAACACAUCUGUAAUUCUUACUUGGAGCCGUGGGACAGAAAAUCAUAGUCCUAUUUCAAAUUACACUAUACAGGCAAUGACAUUUCUUUCUGACUACUGGAAGGAUAUGAAAACAGAUCCCCUAGUUGUUGAAGGAAAUGUAGAGUCAGCUAAAGUGAUCGAUUUAAUCCCAUGGAUGGAAUAUGAAUUUCGGAUAAUGGCCACUAAUAUUUUAGGGAGAGGAGACCCUAGUAUUCCAUCACAGAAAAUUCGAACAGAAGGAUCUCCACCCAACGUGGCUCCUUCAGAUGUUGGAGGAGGGGGUGGCAGCAACCGAGAACUGACAAUAACAUGGAUGCCUUUGCCAAGAGAGUAUCACUUCGGUAAUAAUUUUGGAUAUGAAGUAGCCUUCAAGUACUAUGGUCAAUCUGAAUGGAAACGAGUUACAGUUCCUCAACCUGAAGCUAGUCGGUAUGUCCAUAAGGAUGAAUCAAUGCCCCCUUCAUCGAAGUUUCAAGUAAAAGUGAAAGCAUUUAAUAACAAAGGAGAAGGACCAUCUAGCCUUACUUCUAUCAUCUUUUCAGCACAAGAUGCUCCUAAUGAAAGUCCUAAACAUGUGAACGUAAAAGUCCGAUCAUCCACAGAAGCUACUGUUUCUUGGCAGCAUAUUUCGAAUCCAGCUGUUACUCGGUAUGAGAUCCGUUACUGGUCCAGUCGUCAGAGAGAAAUAUCCGCAAAUAAAAUAGAAGUAGGCAGUCAGAAUUUUUCUGUAAGGUUGGAAAACCUGAAGCCUGACACACAAUACUAUGUAGAUGUGGCAGCUGUCAACACAGCAGGCAUUGGACCAACCAGUUCUCUUUUUACUUUUACUACAGAAAAAGCACCUCCAAGACAGCGACCAAGAAUUAUCAGUUCUGUAAGGUCUGGUUCAAAGUACAUCAUCACAUGGGACCAUGUCAAGUCACAAUCCAAUGAAUCCACUGUGAAAGGCUAUAAAGUGCUCUAUAGACCAGAUGGCCAAUUUAAUGGCACGCUGUUUAAGACUGGUAAACAUUAUAUAGAAGUUCCUGCCCCUGUUAAAGGUCAAUAUGUUGUUGAGGUUCGAGUGCACAGUGAAGGGGGAGAUGGAGAAGUAGCUCAAGUAAAAAUUCCAGGACUUGCUGCUGGUGUAUCACCUAGUUGUCUUGGUUUAUUGCUGCCUGCCAUUGGUAUCCUUCUCUACUUGGAAUUCUGAAUGUAGCUGGAUAUAAUAUGUCCUCAAUUUAGUGCAAAAGACCUUCCACCCUGAGAAGAUUUCAAUUCUUUUUUGAUUCCUGUGGCACCAUCCUAAGCCAAAUAAAUUUCCUUUUCAAGCAAAUUAUCCUCCCGAUUUAACUGGACUUAAAAGACUGAGGCAUCCAGGAACUCCUUCAUCAAGCAACUCAACUUUUGAAAGUUUGAGGAAUGAUUUUUAACUUGUUCCAAUUAUGCCUUAUAAAACACUUGUGCUGAUCUGCGACAGUUGCAUGGUUCGGUCCAAUGGGGCAAGUUACAGUGUUAAAAUCCAAUAACAUAGGCUGUACAGUAAAAGUAAAAUCACCGCACAUAGGUGCUUUAACUUUAAUAACAAAUUGUGAAAACAUAAUAGAGAUUGAAAUGUUGAUUGUAUGUGGUAUAUGUAGGAGUAACUACGUUUGUCCGUACUAUCCUAUCUGUUUCGUGCACUGCAUAUUUUUGAAUGGCCCCUGUCAUUUAUGACUUUUCAGGUUUUUAGAGAUACAGUCAAAGCAAAAACAUUGCACUCAUUUUUUGUUUUUACAUCUUUUCUUGGAGUGGCUAAAUGUCAAUUGAGAACACUGGAAUCCAAGUUCAAUGGAUCUUAUUUCAGAUGGAUUUAGAACUGUUAUAUGAGUAUUAACAGUAAAGGACUUUCUGGCACCUUAAUUUUAAAAUGAUACUUUUAACUCACCAUGUUGUUUUAGAAACAAAGCUAAUCAAGCCAAGUGUGAAUUUUCUCAGUCACAGAGAGAUUUAUUUUGCUGUAAGUGGUAUUAAUAGCUAUAUAAGCAAAUUUACUUACUGCCACAUAUGAGUAAUUCCACUUCUAUAAUAAAUUACAAGAUAUAAAUUCCAACAUUAUAAGGAGCUUGUUUUUUACUAGCCAUUAUAAUGGCAUGAUGGAAACUUGAAAAAAUGAUUCCAUAAUAGGAUCAAUAUUAAAAUGGGUAGAGUAUUUAAAGUGGUAUUUAAAGCUCAAAUCACCUACAUUAAUAAUAAAAGGGAUAUGCAGUAAAAAGACAAAGUAGCACAUAGCAAAACUUAUCCUGAGAUUUAUUUUUUUGUGACACACAUAUUGCCUUACUUUAGUGAAGGCUAACCAUUAAGGAGAAUGAUUUGCAUUUUCCAAUAAAUUAAUAUUGUUCUACUUCCUAGAGCUGUAAAUAAGAGUUGUAAAGUUCUAACAUGUUUUUUCCCUAUUUAAUGAUCCCAAGAGAUAGAUGUUAUUAAAAUUCAGGCAGAUCUCAACCAUUCUGUCUUCUUUAAGUAUUAGUUACCUUUUCAAAACUGGAGUUCUCAUAGGGGAUACAGAAUGUCUUUGUUCUGACUGUUUCUGUGCUUUAUUUAAAGUUAUUAAAAAGAAAUACGUAUUUCUUUUGGACUCCAUGGUGUGCUGGGAAUUUGGUGUGAAUGUUGGGGGGAAAACUCACCCCUCGUGAUAUUAAAUCAGCUGGCUCAAGUAAUAGUGCAAUGUCUGAUGCUUCAAGAAUUAUAAGCUUUGAAAUCAUAUUUUAUUAGCACAGUCUUGCUAGCUGCUUUAGAAAUAGAAUUUAACUUUUUAGGACUGAUACUGUAGACGCCCAUAAUAAUACUAUCUACAUCAAGCAAGAACAAACCUGUCAAUACUUUACACCUCGUCUUUAAUUUGUAUGAUUUUUGUACUAUAUAUUUACAUUCUAAAAGUCUAGACUUGUAUUCAUAAACAAUAUCAAUAAUACUGUUCAUUUUGACUCUUUGUUACAAGUUGAAACUUUUUUAAAAGUAGGUGAAAAUGAUAAUUUCCCUAUAGAAGAAUGUUAAAAGCUACACAAGCUUUACUGACUUUCAUAAAUUAUGUAAUUAUUUUAAAGAAAAUAAGAUGUCUUCAUGCAUAAGGAACUAAUACCUUGGAAGCCUUCUGUGAUAUAUUUUAAUUUGGUUUAGUUUUUAUGCAGUAUGACUUAUUUUUAUAUAACCUACAAACACAUUUUUUUGCCAAAAUGCAUGAUUGCCUUUUAAUUUUCUAACACAUGUUAUAAGGAACAGAACCAGACUGUUUUUGCAUGAGGAAAAUUUGGAAGGCCAAAGCACACUUCUUUAAUUUAAUCUUCAACACAGAUGAGGUAGAUGUCAUCACUCAUACUAAUUAGCUAAUCCCAGAUUUACAUUGUUCCACACAAUUGUACAAUUUUUACUGGGAGAUUCAGUUCCCAGCAGUUGUCAGCACAACUAACUAUAUACUGUAUCAUCUGCUUUACAAUGCAAGGUUCUUAAUUAAAGUUUAUAUAGAUAGACACGUUGGUUGUUUCUUUGUAUUUCAGACAAUAUUGAUAUUAGUAUUAUUAGAUACUGGUGAUUUUUGAAUUUUUUUUAAAGUUACUUUUUAUUAUUUUCUUUCCUAUUGAGUAGAACUGGACCAUGCUCUGUCCAUUUUAUGGUUGAAAAUAAAUUAUAAUUAAAUAAAUGUAUUAAUGGUACUCCAAAUGUAACAAUUGUCAUUUGCGUUUUCCAGGGGUUUAAGUAGAUUUGUUUGUGUGCGAGAGAGACAUAGAGAAGGUGGGGAGAGUGGAAGAAACAUUAUCCAUAGAAACAAAUGGUCAUCUGGAAGCUUUUCAUCAUCAUGUGACCUACGGAUGAAAUGGCACCCCUCUCCUUGAUCGUUGAGUUUCCCCUAUCUAACUGAUUGUGCUUGGAAACAUUACCAUGCUCAUAUUUGGCAUUUUUUUAAAAAAAACACCAUAAAGAAUUGAGUAUUGCUUUAGUCAAAGUAAAUAUUUAUCUUGUCUGCGACUUCAGAAUCUUUCAAUGUUGCUUGAUAGCUACCAUAAUUGUACUGGAUAGUAGAGCAGAAAGAAAGACAGUGCUGUGAAAUUGUACAAUGAUUUGCAUAAUGACCAAAGAUAUAAAACUUAUUCACAUUAUAGUCCC